AUGGCAGAAACUGUUGUCUCUUUUGUUUCAAAUCAUCUCACAACCUUGCUCCGAGAGGAGGGAAGCCUAUUGGGAGGGCUUCGACAAGAGGUCGAACUCAUCAAGGAUGAGUUGGGGCACAUGAAAGCUUUCCUCAAAGUGGCUGAAGCAAAAGAAGAUGAUGAUCCCCGGCUCCAAGAAUGGAUCAAGCAAGUGCGCGAAGCUGCUUAUGACAUUGAAGAUGUUCUCGAUGAAUUUGUACUUCGUGACAGGGUGUCGAAACCUAGCAUUCUCAAAGCCAUUAAGAGCUUGCGAGCUCGUCAUCAGGUUGCCAGUGAAAUUCAAAGCAUAAGGUCCAGGAUCAAAAAUAUUUCAGAAGGACGUCAGAGAUACCAGGUUGAAUUUGGCAUCGAUGACCGUGUCACUGGAUCUUCAACCAUGAACGAUUCAUGCCGCUAUAGCAGAGAUGACACACUUCUAGUGGAGGAAGCAAAAUUGGUUGGCAUUGACGAGCCCAAACAACAUCUGAUUUCUAAGCUUCUCGAGGGGCACGAUCACCAGCUCAAAGUUAUUUCAGUGGUCGGUAUGGCUGGACUAGGGAAAACUACCCUAGUCAAAAAAGUCCAUGAAGAUCCAGAUGUUAGAAAGAAUUUCCCAGUUCGUGCCUGGGUAACCGUCUCUCAAACAUGCGACUUUCCGAAGCUCCUGAGAGACUUGAUUUGGCAGUUACACGAGGAAGGGAAGAAACCAGUCCCACAAUCGAUCGAGUCCAUGACUACCGCUGGGCUGAAAAAAUUUGUCAAUGAUUUUCUUCAACAAGCUGGAAGGUAUGCAAUUGUGUUUGAUGAUGUGUGGGACGUGGAAUUUUGGAAUGAAAUCAAAUUUGCACUGCCUGAGGGAAACUACGGCAAUCGAAUCAUGCUAACAACACGAAAUGCCGAUGUAGCAUCUGCCUCUUGCACGGAAUCUCAGGAUUAUGUCUACAAAAUGGAGCCACUAUCAAUUGAAGAUUCAUGGACCCUAUUUUGUAACAAGAUCUUUAAAGGAGAUCGUUGCCCCGAUCACCUGAUGGAUGUUGCAAAAGCUGUAUUGGAUAAAUGUGACGGUUUGCCUAUGGCGAUUCUUGCGAUCUGUGGGCUCUUGGCUUCGAAGGAUGCGAGCAGAAUAGAUGAAUGGGAGAUCGUUCAACACAGUCUUGGGGGAGAAUUAGAAGGCACCGGUAAGCUAGAGAGAGUUAAAAGGAUACUUUCUCUGAGUUACAACGAUCUGCCUUCGCAUCUCAAACCCUGUCUGUUGUAUUUAAGCAUUUAUCCAGAGGAUUAUCUAAUACACUGCAGAAUGCUGGUUCGAUUAUGGACUGCUGAAAGAUUUGUAGAAUGGAGAGAAAGAAUGCGUAUUGAAGAUGUAGCCUGGGCUUAUCUCAGUGAACUUAUCAAUAGAAGCCUAAUUCAAGUGACUGGAGUGUUUUAUGAAGGAUUACCUUACGCUUGUCGAAUCCAUGACCUAUUGAGAGAAGUUAUUCUCAUCAAGUCAAGGGAACAAAACAUGGUGACAGUUACUACUGGACAACCAAUGACGUGGCCAUCUGAGAAGGUUUUGGAAUUGGGAGGUGAAGAGAUAGAGGAAACACCAAAUGAGGUUUUCAACUUGUUGCAUCUCACAUACCUGAGCCUAUGUGAUACAAAAGUGGAAAGAGUCCCGAAAGCUAUUGGAAAGCUUCAACAUUUGGAAUAUCUGAAUUUGGGGAACACUGGAGUUAGGGAAUUACCCGUGGAAAUCCUAAAGUUGCAAAAGCUUCGGCAUCUCAUAGUAUUCCAACGAGUUGAUCCCUCAUAUAUUGAUUAUGGAUAUCAUGGGUUUAAAGGUCCGUCAAAAUUGGGGGGGCUUCUCGCUCUACAAACAUUAAACACCAUAGAUGCAAGUAGUGGGUCUGAAAUAGUUAAAGAGAUAGGAAAAUUGACCCAAUUAAGAGAGUUAACUAUUACACAGUUGAGAAGAGAAGAUGGAAAGGAGCUCUGCUUCUCCCUUGUCAACCUCACCAGCCUUCGGGAAUUAAGUGUUGCUUCAGUUGGAAAAGGUGAUGAUUAUGAGAUAAUCGAUCUAAAUCAUCAUCAACAUUCUGUUUCUUCUUCUUCUUCUUGUUCGUUUCUUCGAUCUCUUCGUAUGCUAAUUAUGCGUGGCCGCUUAGAAACGAUGCCAGUAUGGAUAACUCAUCUUCAAAACUUGGUAAAAAUAAGUUUGAGCUGGAGUAGGUUAAGGGCAGAUGAGGAUCCCCUUAAAUCCCUCCAACAUUUGCCCAAUUUGGGUGAAAUUGGUUUCUCUGGAUCUUACCAGGGAGAAAGGUUGUGUUUCAAGGCUGGAGGGUUCCUAAAGCUGAAACGGUUGUGGUUAAGGAGAAUGGAAGGGUUGAGAUGGAUGACAGUGGAGGAGGGUGCGUGCCCAAAUCUCCGUAAACUAGUUCUUAGUCGACUUCCAUUACUAGAGGACUUACCUUCGGGUAUUCAGCACUUGAGCCAUCUUCAAGAGCUGGGUUUGUGUGAGAUGAGUUCUCGACUGAUGGAAAAGGUUGAGAAUCAGCAGGAAGAAAGUGAAGAUUACAGAAGAAUGGCACACAUUCCUGAAAUUGUCAUUGGUUUCUAUACAAAUGAUGGUAGAUGGAGAAUCCGCCGGCUAUGGGGGAAGAAGAAGAAACAUUCCUUGCCUAGCACUAGCAGCAUCCCGUGGCUUUCCUUUCUCUUCUUCUUCUGUUUUUCUGAGAAGUUUCUAAUGUUUUCUAUCUUCUCCAUUGCAUGUAGUAUGCAAAUGCAGCAUUCUUACCUACCUCCCCAAAUAAGCGCUUGUGAGAUCAUGAGCUCAAUGAUAACUAAGUACAGGAAUCAAUUUGCCCAUAAGUCUACAUAA